UGCUAAAAUACACAAGUGACAUAUAUUAUGAUUUAAUUACAAAAAAUAUGUUUUGUAGUGAAGCAGGAAAAUAUCUAUGGAGAUACUGGCCACAUGAAUUUAGCUCAAUUUAUUAUACUCAAAUCGAUGUAACCAAAUCAAAUGGCAAGUAAUCAGAUAUAUACUCAACCAAUAAUGUUUCAUGAAAAUUGGCCUUGAAAAUGAAACCAGACGGUAUAGGGAUGGUGCUGCGGAAUUUAACAGUCAAUAAUAUUUGCCAUUCAGACUCCGCCGUAUCCCCCAUCUCAAUAAUCUCAAAAUAAAUAACUGAACUCUGGAAAUUUUUCCAAAACUCAAAUAAACUCUAAUAACAAUAAAUAUCCCAACUAGCUCUUCAACUAUAUUUUUUGUCCAUCGAGGCUCUUUUUUCAAAGGAAAUGGGGGCAGGUAAAAGUCAAUUUACUGAAGAAGAGCUUCAAGAUUACCAGGACUUAACUUAUUUUACGAAAAAGGAAGUUUUAUACGCCCAUCAAAAAUUCAAAGCAUUAGCUCCUGAAAAAGUGGGACACAACAGAAAUGCAAAAUUGCCUAUGUCGAAAAUACUGCAAUAUCCCGAGCUCAGGGUCAAUCCUUUUGGAGAUAGAAUUUGCAAGGUAUUUAGUUCAAGUCAGGAUGGAGACUGUACGUUUGAAGAUUUUUUGGAUAUGACAUCUGUCUUUAGUGAUGCAGCACCAAAAGCAGUAAAGGCUGAACAUGCAUUCAGAAUAUUUGAUUUUGAUGGUGAUGAUAUGUUGGGUGUUGGGGAUCUCCGUCAAGUUAUCGAUCGUUUAACUGCUCCACAAAGACUGAGUGAGACUGAUAUACAACGUCUGCUUCAAUAUCUCCUAGAAGAAGCUGAUCUUGAUGACGACGGUGCGCUUAGUUUUGCCGAAUUUGAGCACAUAAUUGAGAAGAGCAGUGACUUUUCAAAGACAUUCCGAAUUCGUUUAUGAGAUUAAGGAUAAUUAGAAAUAUCAAAGAAUUCACAAUCGGUAUAGAAUUAAAAAUGAAAUAUCCAUAAUGCGACAAAAAAAAAUCAUGUUUUAUAAGAAAUAAAGUUAGGGCCUAAUAUGAAUCAUAAGUAUUGAAAGAAAUUGAAAUAAGUAAUAAUGAUUUGAUGGCCUACAUAUAUACUGCAAUUGUAAACAAUAUGAUAAAGAUAUUAAUGUCAAAUUAAUUGCUGCAAUCAACUGUUAGGUAAUCGAAUCUGAAAAAAAAAUUUUCUUCAAUAUCACGAGAACUAAGAAAGCGUAAACGAUUUUCACACACUCACACACACAUUAAAGAAAUAUAUGAUGUUUAUUUUGCAGAAAAAGAAGUAUUAAAAUCAUGACUCGAUUACUAAAUUCUCGAUUAAAAAUUGCCAAUUAUAGUAUUAAAUCAAAUAAAUAAGCCACUGAUCAUUUUCAAAUUUAUAGUAAUAACAAAAGAGUAGAAAGCCGCCAACCUAUUUCAGCAUUAUUUAUCAAUGAUAAACUGAAAAAAAUGAUAAUACUUAAUUAUUAAAAAUAAAAUUGGUAAAAA